CUGAAGUGCUCGCUGCACCUUUUUUGCUCUCAUGACAAAUGUCUGUUAUCUCGUCAACAAAACCAAAGUCGAGGACCCUUUUUGGUGAAAGGAAGUGAAUAGUCAAGUCGCUCCCUUAUUUAUCAUCCGCAUCUCAGUUUUCGGGAUCUAUUCAACCAGAAUUAUGAGAUGACCUCAUCAGUCGCGACGAUCGCCAGUUGGUAGUGGCACGAAAAAAACCCGUCGAAUCUCGAAGACACCCUACUUCAAACUUUUGCAACGACCGUCGUCUCUACACGGGUGGAUAUGAAGUAAAAUUCGAAUAUUUUUCAUUUGAAAGAACUUGCAUAACACGUAUUUCUUCAGCAUGUUGUCCCUUCUUUCCAUCCUGGUGAACAAUAUUCGCGCCAGACGACGUAUUCUUAUCACGUUCUCACUCAUCUACAUCAUAACAUUUACCAUGAUCUUACCAAUGUCAUUGCGAAAGAUCAAACACUCCAUUUUUUAUUCACGUGACCUUGACACGGAUGCUAUAAAACAUGACAUCAGGACGGAACGAGAUUUGAAUAUCGACAGGGCGCAGGUGGCCCUUGACUUCCUCGAAAUGAAACGAAUGAAUUCAGUGACUAAUGAUGGUGGAUUAGGCUCAUUACAUGUGUUAAUAUCUGUGAUAUCCCUCCGGCGGAACCUGGAAGGUGAUGGAUACGACCCAUUUUAUCUGUCGCAGACUGUAACGAGGGCAUAUCAGCUGAUCCGAGAAUUUGAAGGACAGUCUGGGAUCAAAAGUGAGAGGCGGUUUGGGUUGGCGUUGUGUAACGUCGAUGCUUCGCCCGAAGAACACACCGAGUUGACUGAGCUGUCGGAAUCAUUAAAUAUUGCAGUGUUCAACCGUUUUGAAAACAGGUCUGUCUCGGAACAGGAGCGGAAUGACGUGUAUGAAAAGGAAAAGGGGGAUUACGCCUAUUGUUUGAAAGAGUCUCUGAAAUCGAAGCCGAAGUAUGUACUCUUAUUGGAGGAUGAUACAGUUCCUGUCGACAAUGCAUUGUGGGUCAUAGAUCACAUGAUCACAACAUAUCUUUCAAAAGAUUUUAGAAACGAAAUUGCCUACGUGAAAUUUUACCACCCGCCCCGGUUCCUGCCGCUGGUGGUAUGGCCCGAGGUUGUCGGAUUGGGACUCAUAUGCAGCACUGUUGCGCUCUUCUCUCACUACCUCGUCUCCAGGCCGAGGAGAUCAGAACUUUGGUUGAGAUGGAUUUUAUGGACCUUCUACUUUAUUUUAAUUUUUAUCACUAUUGGGCAUGUCAAUACUAGUCAGCUGAGGCACUUUUCGAAACAUUUCUAUAUUAUUGACGAUGCAUUGGAAUGCUGUACACCAUCAGUGCUCUACCCGUACGAAUCUGCCAGUACAGUUGCAAAUUAUCUUGACGCUCAUUUAUCUAACUCGAGCUAUGCAAAGGACCUGGUCCUACUUUCGUACCUGAAGGAAAGCGGUGCAAAGGCCCUGAUGGUCACUCCAAAUGUAUUCAAACACAUAGGGAUGUACUCUGUUGUAAAAGCGGGCAUCAAGGAUCCGUAUAUUGUCGAUUAAGCUAGCCUUGAAAUCCCAGCCGCAUAUUUGAACCAUCCCCCGGCGUGCCUGAUGACCCUGUCGUCACCAGGGUGCGAUACAGUUUCAGGGCUAAGAUUCAACUUGCAUCCUUUUGAAUCAGCGCCGCCUCCUCCCCACGGAUUGACUCACUCGUUGUCCGCGAAGACAACGAUGUCAUUCAGUGAAAUAAUUGAAGGUCAUAGUGUUAAAAUGCGUGUACUUUAGAGGCAUCUAAAUGUGAUGUUUAUUGCAAACCAGAGCACUUUCCAUCAUGAAAUGGGGUUUUCAGUCCCCUGGGGUUGAUGAUUAUAGAGAUAACAGCAGUCUCUGUAAGUUAUUGGCAUCUGGAGUUAAUCAGGAGCAAAGUUCUCGAGAAACAAUGAAUGUGCAUCCGAUAGGGAAACAGUAAGAAUCUGGAAUAGCGAGCUGAGGAAGUGGCUUUGUUAUGAUAAAUGGCUACGAGUCUAAACGUUGAGAAAAAAAACUGCUUUCAAACCUGCCACAGCCUAAAAACUAAAACUUGUCAUCUGAAAAACAUAUACCCGGAGGUAAGGGCUACCUGCUUCGAGGCUGUUGAUGAUCGCUUGCCCUGAGCUUUGUCUAGAACAACUGCUUCAGUGUAUUAGGCCAUGGCGAUUUAGCGGAAUAGGCGGAGAGUAUCGACUCAUCAAUCUGGCUAAGGCUUAUGAGCUUAUUUAAUGAUUUAAGCAUUAUUCCCUGGUAAUUAGACCCAGUCACCCACCGUGAUGCACAAAUAAGGCGAUAAAACAAGGACUAAUUGCAAUCAUUAAAACAUGGAUUAAAAUGUUGAUGAUUGCACUGCGACCCACCCAGCACAUGCAUAACAACGUUUGAAUUGCGGCUAUACUGUAAACCAUAAAUACUACUUAUUUUUCGCGAUUUGCGAAAAAAUGUUUAAUUGAGUUUUACCAAUAACAUUCUCACACGAUUUCAAAUGCUUUGUUGCUUCACAAAUUUCCUGCGCUGUGUACAAAGAUUAGUGAUGUCAUCAUGUCCUCUGCUAAUUUAUUCAGGGGACACUCGCAAAUCAUCAUGUAUAGCUUCGUUGUAGAGGAAUAGGGGAUAUUGUUCUUAAAUAGGGAGGUUGAGAACAGACUUUGUUUGUAGCGCUACAGAAGGCUUCGAUUCUCUUUCAUGAAUCGAGUCGAAGUUGCGAGUGCGCGUUACGAUUGUCAUCACGAUAUCAAAGGGCUUAGAGUGCAGUUCAAUCCAUCAUUUGUCACAACUUCAAUGAUGUUGGACCGUGCUUUGUAAUCAAAUGUCUAAAUUUUCAUCAAUAUGCCACCAUAAAGUAGUCAUGAAUCAAUAAGCGUUCACAGUGAUUGUUUACUCCUUGAUGAGAUGGUUGUUCAUUGUUCCGGGUAUUGCCAGCAAUUUAUCACCAAACAUCGUCAGUUAUUUAUAUAUUCGGGGACCUUCGGUUG